AUGCCUCCCAAUGCCUCCCAGUGCCCCGCAAUGCCUCCCAAUGCCUCCCAAUGCCUCCCAAUGCCUCCCAAUGCCUCCCAGUGCCCCGCAAUGCCUCCCAAUGCCUCCCAAUGCCUCCCAAUGCCUCCCAAUGCCUCCCAGUGCCCCGCAAUGCCUCCCAAUGCCCCACAAUGCCCACUCAUGCUACCAGGCCUGGAUGUGUUUAAAAUUUGGCUUCUGGAUAUUUUGGAAGACCUGGACAAGAAGGAGAUGAAGUUAUUCCAGUGGUACCUUCACACUCCAGACGAGUCCAAGGACGGCUUCAAACCCAUCAAAAAAUCCAAGCUGGAUGGUGCAGACCUACUGGACACAGUAGAUCUGAUGAUUGAGACGUACCACCCAAACACCAGGGAGGUCACGAAGAAGAUCCUGAAGAAGAUUGAAAAUAAUAAAGACAAAGUUACACCUGAAGUAGAGGAGCAGAUUACUCCAUCAUCUACAAAUGAAGAGAACGAGCUCAACACAAUGCUUAGUGACUUUGUGAGGAAGGUACCAAAAGAAACUUUGACACAACUCAUAGAGAAUCUCAUGAGUGAAAACAUCUUGGAGUCAUCGGAGAAGGAGGCAAUCUUUCAAAACCACACCAGAGUAAACAUGGCCACCUGCUUUGUUGACAUUGUAAUGGAGAAGGAAACCAAUGCCUACAAGGAGAUGAUUCAUCAUCUUCAAACCAUCGAUCCACAACUGUGGUCUGAACUACAGUCAUCUUCUAUCGGAGGUCAAGAGUCUGGUGAAUAUCUCUUUGAUAAUAAAACGGAUAAGACUGAGAAACCCCAAGUAAAAGAGCAGCAGGAAGGCCAACGGGACUCGGAAAUUGUUGGUCGGUGUCAAAGUGACCUUAAAGAGUCUCUAAAGAAGAUGUUCCUAUAUCUCCGUGAAGACGUUGUUGAAACUCGAAAUCAAACCUUUCAGAAUCAGAUCUCCACAGAACUGUACAUCACAGAGGGAUUGAUUGGAGAGGUCAAUGAUGAAAAUGGAGUCAGAAAGAUUCAAACAUCAUCCAGGAAACAUGGAUCAACAAUCAGACAAGAAGAAAUGUUCAAACUCCCUCCUGGAAGAGAGGAACCAAUCAGAACAGUGAUGACAACGGGUGUAGCUGGAAUUGGGAAAACAGUCUUAACACAGAAGUUUAUUCUAGAAUGGGCUGAAGACAAAACCAACCAGGAUAUUCACUUCAUAUUUCCAUUCACUUUCAGAGAGCUGAAUGCCUUGAAAGAGAAAACAUUAAGCUUGGUGGAACUUAUCAAUCUCUUCUUUUCUAAAAGCAAAGAAAUGUGCAGCUUUGAACACUUGAAGGUUUUGUUCAUCUUUGAUGGUUUGGAUGAGAAUCGCCUUCCUCUGGACUUCCGGUACACACAAAUCCUGACUGAUGUUACAGAGUCCACUUCAGUGGAUGUUCUGCUGACAAACCUCAUCAGGGGGAAACUACUUCCCUCUGCUCUCAUCUGGAUAACCACACAACCUGCAGCAGCCAAUCAGAUCCCAGAUGAGUUCAUUGACAUGGUGACAGAGGUUAGAGGAUUCACUGACACACAGAAGGAGGAGUACUUCAGGAAGAGAUUCAAAGAUGUGCAGCAGGCCAGCAGGAUCAUCUCCCACAUGAAGACAUCGCGAAAUCUGAACAGCAUGUGUCACAUCCCAGUUGUCUGCUGGAUCACGGCAGAUGUUCUGGAGAAUGAGCUUAAAUUCAGAGAGGGAGCAGAGCUGCCAAAAACUUUAAGUGAGCUGUACAUUAAGUUUCUGUUGAUUCAGAAAGAAACCCAGAAGAAAAAAUACGGUGAUGGAGCUGAAAAUACGUACAUCAGGAAGAUGGUUGGGUCUCUGGGAAGACUGGCUUUGGAGCAGUUGCUGAAAGAGAAAUUUAUCUUCAAUAAAUCAGACCUCAAAGAGUGUGACAUUGACAUCAAAGAUGCCUUGUUGUUCUCAGGAGUGUUCACUGAGAAAAUUGAAGAGAAGGGAGGUUUGGGCAAAACUUCAGUCUACUCCUUUGUUCAUUCCAGCAUCCAGGAGUUUCUGGCUGCAGUCUACAUGGUUCACUGUUUCGCCAUUAGGAAUACAGAGGUGAUAGAGAGCUUCCUAAGAGAAAACCAUAAUUACUCAUCUUUGGAUGAGUUCCUGAAGAAAGUCAUGGAGAAAUCCCUCAGGAGCAAAAACGGCCAACUAGACACGUUUGUUCGCUUUCUUCAUGGCCUCUCUGUAGAAUCAAACGAGAGACUCUUAGGAGACCUGCUGAGGAAGACAGAGAACAGCCCUGAAAUCAUUCAGAGAAUCAUCAAAAAUCUGAAGCAGAUGAACACUGAUGAUAUCUCUCCAGAGAGAAGCAUCAACAUCUUCCGGUGUCUGACAGAGAUGAAUGACCUGUCACUUUUUCAGGAGAUCCAACAGCUUUUGGAAUCAGGGAAGAAGCUCUCAGAGAGCCAGUGCUCAGCUCUGGCAUACAAGAUGCAGAUGUCAGCGGAUGUUGUUGAUGAGUUGGACCUGGAGAAGUACAACACAUCAGAGGGGGGGAAACUGAGACUGGUUCCAGCUGUGAAGAACUGCAAAAAGGCUCGACUUGGUGGCUCUGAUCUCUCAGAGACUGAAUGUGAAGUUGUGGCCUCAGCUCUGAAGUCCACCCCCUCCCAUCUGACUGAUCUGGAAAUAAGUAGGUUCACUGAACUGAAAGACUCUGGAAUGAAGCAUCUGUGUGAGAUCCUGGAGGAUUCAAUCACUAAAGUGACGAUUCUGAGAUUGAAGUGGUGCCAGUUGUCAGAGAUCAGCUGUGCUUCUCUGGCCUCAGCUCUGAAGUCCAAACCCUCCCCUCCAACAGAACUGGAGCUGAGCAAGAACUACGACCUAAAAGAUGCUGGAGUGAAGGAGCUAUGUGGUUUUCUACAGACUCCUCUCUGCAAAAUACAAAAACUGACAUUGAAGGAGUGCAGGUUGUCAGAGAUCGGCUGUGCUUCUCUGGUCUCAGCUCUGAAGUCCAACCCCUCCCACCUGACAGAACUGGACCUGAGUGAGAACAAAGACCUGAAAGAUGCUGGAGUGAAGGAAUUAUGUGGUUUUCUACAGACUCCUCUCUGCAAAAUACAGAUAUUGAGACUGAACGGCUGCAGUUUGUCAGAGAUCAGCUGUGCUUCUCUGGUCUCGGCCCUCAAGUCCAACCCCUCCCAUCUGACAGAACUGGACCUGAGCUACAACAACCUGAAGAAGUCAGAUGUUCAGCAGCUGAAGGGUCUUGUAAAGGUUCUGAGGUGGGAACCAUCUUUGUUAAGGGAGAGAAGCUGAACUGUUUCCUGAUGAUGAAGCUGCAGCAGUUUGAGUUGAAAGAGUGUCGAAUUAACUGUGAUCUGUCAGAUUUCCCCCUUCAUUAAAAGAAUUAACAGUAGGAUAAUAUUUCAGUGCAAUUGAGGAGGCACUCAUCUGUUAUGUUGCAUAUAAACCUUGAUUAAAAAUUAACAGGAAAUUGUAAAAUCACAAAAGGGAAACUUCAGGUGCCUCAGAUCUGUGAGUCUCCAUAGCAAUGGGGCAUUGAGAAAGUUGGCAUUUCUGAACUGUUAAAGGCAGAGGACAGCUUAUUUGAGAAAAUAUAUACGUGUGUGUGUGUAUUUUAAGAAAAAAACUUUCCUAUCAUGUUUUAGUGCUUCUCUUCCGAAGUAUAGGAGAGAAAGCAAUCAUUUUAAGAGUUAUUAAGAUUCUCCCUUUCUUACAGGUGAUUAGUGUAUCAUGAGGAUUCAGAGAGACUUGACAUUAGGAUGAUGCUAUCACAGAUUGGGGACAAGUGUGACGAAUAAGGCCAGAUUUGACAAUUAGAUGCUUUUGCUAUAACUUUGGGGUUUUAUGAUUUUUGUUAGCAUGAAGUAAAUAAUCUAGAAACUUCUGAUUUAUUCUAUGCUGAAGAUUCAAGCUUAACAAGGGAGCGGUGAAGUUGAAAGAAGUAAAAACCAGCAUAUUUGGACUUUGCUCCAAUUUAUUUGCAGCAGUGAAACAUAGACUCUGUUAAAUUGAAAAGGAACAGUUGUCUCCAUGCCCUUUAAGAAAAAGGAUAGUUUUCAGAACCAGUCUAUGACAAGGUUUUAGAAGUCAAACUCUAACAUUGACAAUGCAAAGAAACAUUUAAAACUAAAGGGAUAUGGCUUCAGUUCAAGCAAUGAGGUUAUGCUAUGCUUUUUCAUCUUAUAGACCUGGAUUUAAUAUUUUUCGUUCUGUGUCUAAUCAUGUAAUCAUGGAAAACUUGUAAUUUUGGUAAGUUGAUCUAAGCUGCAUGGGCUGUAAGGGAGACUGUGGUAAGAUGAGUCAUUUUUAAUUUUUAAUCACUACAGAAAGGCAAUCUUAGUUUAAUUGCCAAAAUGUAUAUCUGCAUGUAUUUUGGGAUGUUGUGCUUCUCUUUAAGCAAUCAGAAUGAGUAUAAACAUAGCUUUUUUCAUAAAAUAGCAUCUUCAAUAACAGUUAUCUCUUGGCUCAGCAUGCCCUGUGUAUUUUAAACACAGAGCAGGGAUAAAGUUGAGCUAUCUCCCCAGCCCUUCCACCCCCAACAUAAUGUUUUAGUGGCUUUGGCAAGUGAACAUUAUUUCAUAAUUAUAAUUAGAGUUCCUUUUUAAAUAUGUUUGCAAAGUUGAGACUCUGUGGCAUCUAAGAAAAUCAUUUUAGCCUCUGCUACUCCAUUCUUUUCAGAAAUGCAUUUUCUUUUUUGUCAAUCUAUCUCUUCAAUGUCGUUCUGACUAUUUUUGUAUGCAUUGCUCCAAUAGACGUCCCCUCACUAAGAUCACUGGUGGCUCCCCUACUUGUUUUGUGCUUAUAUACAUGAGGCAUGAUGUCCACUCUGUAAUCAUGAAAAUGCAGAAUCUUGAUUUAAUAUAUUGAAGACACGUAGACAGCAGCUAAAAUACAUGCAUUAAGUGUAUUUUGGUCAAUUGGCUCAACCUACCCCAAAGCUAUGACUCUGACCUUAUCUUAGUCUCUCCUAUAAUUGACCAUUUGAAAUUGUAAGCAGUUAAUAAAUGAUUUUUAUAACUUUGGAAUUGAAUGUUACAAAUAUCAAUAGUGAAUAAUGUUGAACAAUGAUAUCAAUAAUUGGAAAAUAAUGUGAGGCAAAAAAGUAAAUCUCUGAUUUAAUUAAUGUGAUUAAAUAUGUACAAAAUAUAGUAAUCUGUAAUAAGGGUCAGGAGAUGACUCAGAUGUGGCAUGAGUGAAAAGGAUACGUUUACUGGGACAGAAAGACAUGAGGACAGGAGAGGUGGGGUCAUGAUAAGCUAUGACCUAAGUACAAAAGAGGAAGUUCAUUUGAUGGCAGGGACCAUGCACCUGGAAGUAAUGGGAAGGUCAUAAGAUCUUGCAAAGAUGUGCAGACUAGCUCUAGUGUGGUCCAAAGAUGGGCAAAUAGACAAAAGGUUACAGAACUACAAAAGAGGGACUCCACACAGGGUGUAAUGGGGAAGCUGGUUAUGCUUCCAGACAUCAGACACACAACCCAGGUUCAGAGAUGCUCAUGAAGACACACAGGAAACAUGUCCUAAUAAGGACAAAGAAUGAGUUAAGAUCCCAGAAGAAUCAUGUUAGUCUUAGAGGGCAUGUAAGAGCUCUCUUUGGAAACAGUCAGCGUUGUGUCUUGGGGACAGUCUUCAUGUUCAUAUCAGGAGGUGAGCUGGUGAAGAACUGACCACCAAGGUUUUCAGAAUCUAAAACAGACAGAGUAACUGCAACCCACUAGCCAAGGGUUGAAGCUUAAAAAUUUCAAGUUAUUCUCAAGACUGCUGCUUUAUGCUGGGUUUGUUAUGUUUGUUGGAUACAAAUUUUUUCAUAGGUUCUGUCAAGAACAAGCUCAAUGGGUUUUAAUUGGAUUAUUAAGGCCACAUCUACCCACAUUGGGGAAAGUUGGAUUAUACCAUGGUUUCCACACAAUGGAUCAACUUAGGGCUUUCCGUGUAGUAUAAGCUUCUCUCUUUCUCUCUUUCACUCUCCUUGUAAAUUUAUUACAUCCAAAAAGUUUACUCAGCCACAGUUUUAAAGCAAAAUAAUUAAACAGAGUUCAACAGUUUUUGCACCUUAUUUCCUUUUUCUGAUUUGCUAAAGUUCCACUGUGUUUUGUACUUGUUGGCUUUGCAAUUAAAGAGUGGGUGAAAAAUGUU